AUGGCCAAAUGCCACGCCACUGCCACUCCUGUUGACAUGAAAGCCAAACUCUCUGCCACAGAGGGUUCUCCUGUUGCCAAUGAAACUGAAUACCGUAGUCUUGCUGGAGCAUUACAAUAUCUUACACUGACUCGACCAGAUAUUGCAUAUGCGGUCCAACAGGUCUGUCUUUUCAUGCAUGAUCCACUGGAACCUCAUCUUAACAUGAUCAAGCGAAUACUUCAUUAUGUCAAAGGCACCCUUGCUCAUGGCUUGCGCAUCCAUGCUUCCUUGCCGAAGUCGUUCACUGCUUACUCCGACGCCGACUGGGCCGGUUGUCCUGAUUCUCGUUGCUCCACCUCCAGAUACUGUGUUUACCUUGGUGACAAUCUCAUCCCAUGGUCAUCCAAGCGACAGACUACAGUUUCCUGUUCCAGUACGGAGGCCGAGUACUGCGCCGUCGUCCAUGCUGUUGCCGAAUGCUGCUGGUUACGACAGCUCCUUCUCGACCUGCAUCAUCCAUUUCACAGUGCUACCAUUGUCUAUUGCGACAACGUCAGUGCUGUCUACUUGGCUUCUAAUCCAGUCUAG